AUGCGCCCCGGCGAUGUCGUAGCGCUGGAGGAAAAUGCACUGGAGAAAAAAGGCACCAAGGCGCGCCAGGAGCGCGGUGUGGUGUUCCGGGUCACGGACACCUUGAUGACGAUUGCGAUAGAUGAUGCACAAGGCAAAUCCAAAUCAGAAGAUGAUGUGCGCACGGAUUUUACGCUACCGCCAACGGUACGCGUAGUGAAACUAGUCAAUGAAGUCACCUAUACUCGGAUGGAGAAAUCGCUCGAUACGCUUGUUCAAGUUUUGGGAAUGGCGGAUCCCACGUCAGAACUAGGUGCGGCUGCAUCGUCUACUGUGCGAUCCUUGUUUGGCCUUCAUCCACCGACGUGGGAAAAGACGUCUAGAGAGCACGCCUUGCACAAUGCGCGACUUAACACGACCCAAAAAGACGCGCUUGAUUUUUGUAUGCGGGCACAGCAGUUUGCAUUGGUGCACGGCCCGCCGGGUACCGGCAAGACGACGCUGAUUGCAGAGCUCGUGGUCCAACUUGCAUGUGCGCAUCCCAACGCGCGGAUUUUGGUAUGCGGCGCUAGUAACUUGGCCGUAGACAAUUUGCUCGAACGCGUCUUGCUUACACACGGCUACAAGGAGCCAUUGAAUGCCGCAAACGCGUGUGUGACGCGUAUUGGGCACCCCGCUCGCGUCUUGCCAAGCCUGACGAACGCGACGCUGGACGUGCAAACGACGCAUUCGUCGGAAGGCAUGCUUGUGAGAGAAGUGGCGCAAGAAAUUGAGCAGCUCAUGUCGCAGCUUGCCGUUCACCGCGAUACUCCGCGUGCAGGCAAUAAAAGUGGGCGUACUGCUCCGCGCCCAAAAGGUGCCGAGCGCCGCAAAAUGUGGGAGCAAGUGCGCGAACUGCGCAAAGAGUAUCGGAAGCGCGAGCGUUCGCUCACCGGCACCAUUUUGCAGCGCGCACGGAUUGUCAUGGCAACAUGUCAUGGCGCAGGAAGCAGACAGUUGCAAAAUAUCGAGUUUGACUACGUUAUUAUUGACGAGGCUGCACAGGCUCUGGAAGCUGCGUGCUGGACCGCCAUUCUAAAACUGAAGAGCGACGGGAAGUUAUUUCUUGCUGGCGACCAUUUGCAAUUGCCACCGACAGUAAAGGCGCAAAACACGCGCAGCGAUUUAGCAGGACACCUCACGUCGCAGCUCAGCGUGCAGAUGGAAAAUGGCGGCGCACUGCGCCCUCCCAUGACGCUGGAAACGACGCUGUUUGACCGGUUGCUUGCCAUGUACGGUGAUGACGCAAAAGCACUGCUCCGUGUGCAGUACCGCAUGAACGACGAGAUCAUGGCGUUUCCCAACGAGGCUUUGUACGAGGGAAAGCUUUUGGCGGAUCCAAGCUGCAGUAGCAUCCGCUUGUGCGACAGCAAUACUGAGGAAAUGGACGCGGAGCUUUGGAAUGCACCCGUCGUAUUUUAUGACACUACUGGCACAGGGAUGUUUGACAAACUCGCCGAGGACGACGCGCAAGGAUCCCUGCUUCAGUCCAAGUCACGGUGCAACGAAAAUGAGGUUGUCCUCGUUGAGCGGCACAUUACUAUGCUGGUCGAACAUGGGAUAGAUCCAAGUUGGAUUGCCGUGCUCUCUCCUUACGCUUCACAGGUCGACUUGCUGAGCUCCCAACUUGGUCAAAAGUACGAGCAAGCGAUCGAAAUCGGCACCGUGGAUGGUAUGCAAGGUCGCGAGAAAGAAGUGGUGGUCAUCAGUCUGGUGCGAAGCAACGAGGAGCACGAUGUGGGAUUUCUGCAGGACAAGCGCCGUCUGAAUGUAGCCAUGACGCGUGCAAAGCGCCAGUUUGUGGUUGUAGGCGACGCAGAGACCAUCAGUGGCAGCGCGCAAGACAAGCGUGCCGCACGCGCCUUUUUGCGCGAUUGGAUUGAUCAUUUACAUAGCCAUGCGCUCGUGGAAAUGAAUCCGGAGGUGUGA